AUGGAAAUAUUUCAUAAACACAAGGGUGAAAGUAAAAUCCGAAUUUCCCGUGAACUCUCAGAAGGGGAAAAAUUAGGAACAAGUAACAGAAAGGUGCGGGUGAAGAAAUGCCUGGAUAGCCUUGGGACUCCCUGUAAUCUGGAUGAUGUGCCCAAUAUCGCCAUCCUGGGAGCUGGUGGAGGUCUUCGAGCCAUGAUCGCCCUUCAUGGAACCCUGCAGGAGCUACAAAAGCAUGGUCUCUUGGACACCAUCAUGUACUUGUGUGGGGUCUCAGGUUCAACUUGGUGUAUGUCGUCUCUCUACAAAAAUGGGGACUGGACAGAGAAAUUGCAGGCCUUGGAGGAAAGUAUGUGUGCUAGACUUUCCAAAUACACCUGGAGUGUCCCAAAGGCAACAAAAAUGCUUCUCGAGGCAGCUAAAGAUGAAAAUUACUCCCUGACUGAGUUCUGGGCCUACACUGUGGUCUAUGGAAUGUUACAUGAGCUGGACAAGGGACACUUGUCUGAGCAGCAGAGUGCUUCUGAGAAUGGAAAUAACCCCUACCCCAUCUAUGCAGCAGUGGAUGAGCAAAGUUUUUCCAAAGUAACUGAAUACUCUCCAGGUUUGUGGGGAAGUGCCAUUGGCAGCAAAACAGAAAAUGAAAAAGUCAUAAAAGAUAUAUUCUUUGGCUUCUUUAAGGGAGAAAAGGAAUCACAUUCACCAUCUAAAGAAAGUUGUCCGGAAGGAAUAGUCAAGGGGUUUCCAGCACCCACCAUUGAACCUGAAGCUGGUGAUAUGGAAGGCUCAUUGCAGAGUGAGCCAGCAGGAGCUUCACCAGGAGGCUUUUCACCAGAUACUAAGAACAAGUCAAUUACUGAAAAUAUUAAAGGCGGAGGAGGCUCAGUGGUGGAUUUCGCUAGAAUGUGGCAAAAAACCACUCGUGGUCUCUUGACCUGGAAAUGGGGAGUGAAUAAUAACUUUCUUUACAAAUGUUCUGCUCUUGACUCUACUGAGCUGGUGAAGGAUAAAGUCAUCUCCUUGGUAGAUGUUGGAAUAGCCAUAAACUGUGCUUUCCCUCUGGUUCUCCGCCCGGAAAGGAAAGUGAAACUGAUCCUCUCCUUUGACUAUGGCCCUUUUGAACCAUUUAAGGCCCUCAAGCAAACUGCCAAAUACUGUAAAGAAAACUGCAUCCCAUUUCCUGAGAUAGACGAGAAAUUGCUCCAAGAGCCAGAUAACCCCUCUGACUGCUACAUCUUCAGAGGAGAGGGCGCUCCAACCGUCAUGCACUUCCCACUUUUCAACAGAGUGAAUUGCCCAGUGGACCCGGGCAGAGCCGAGAUCCAGCAGCUGGGCUCCACAGAAGUUUUGGAGGGAGACAAACUGAACCUGACCUGCUCCCACUGCGCCGCCAAGGCGAGUGACAGCACAGUCUGGUACCGGCAGCUCCCGAACCCGGGACCCCAGUUUGCAGUUACUGGAUACAAGGAAACUGUUAAUAGCCCAGAGCUGAAGGGAGCUCUGUACAUCUCCGCUGACAAAGCGUCUGGCACUCUGGCCCUGUGCCGAGGCAAGGCAGCGAGACCAGGGGCUGAUCCCGGGGAGGAGCAGAGACACCGAGAUUCCCCUGUGACCAUGGUACCAAUGCUGGGCUCGGCGCUUGUGCUGGUUUUUGUUUCAGGCGCCCCGGGCAGAGCCGAGAUCCGGCAGCCGCGCUCCGCAGAAGACUCGGAGGGAGCCGAACUGAACCUCACCUGCUCUCACGGUUCCGUCGUCACUGAAACUAUAGUUUGGUACCGGCAGCUCCCGAACCGAGGACCCCAGUAUAUAGUCUCGGGAUACCAGGGAAUCGUUAACAGCAUCGACCCAGAGGGAGCUUUGCACAUCCGUCAAGACAGAAAAUCCAGCACAUUGUCCCUGCGCAGGGCGAGGCUGGCAGACACAGCAGUGUAUUAUUGUGCUCUGAGCGACACAGUGUGA